GUCAAGGUAGCGAUCCUUGACACAGGAAUCGCAAAAGCCGGUGCUCCGCCAGAAUCGCCGCUCAGUCUCAAGGGAAGACACAUAAAAUUUGGGAAGAUUGUCGACAAAUCGUUGCCGGCACAUGAGGACUUGGAUGGCCACGGGACACAUGCAGCCGGAUUGAUCUUCACCGUCUGUCCAUACGCGGAUGUAUACGUGUAUCGCGUUCUCCGUGGCGGGGACGAAGAGACGAUUAGCCAGAAAUUCGUAACCGAAGCUCUAGCAGACGCUAUCAAGAAGAAAGUCGACAUAGUAAGCAUGAGCUUUGGUUGGGAGGAAGAUAGCGAUGAAGACCUCCGCACAAUCAUUGAACGAGCCAAGAUGAGCAAUAUCCUACUGUUUGCUGCCGCUUCCAACGACGGAAAACGGACUCGAGGAGGCAUGGCAUUCCCGGCCAGGGCGGACGAGGUGAUUGCGAUAGAUGCUGCAGAUGGCCACGGCAAUCCUUCAAAAUUCAAUCCUCCCCCAGGGGACAAGCAGAGGUUUACUGCUCUAGGAGAAGCAGUCAACUCAGCCUAUCCGGUGGAUCUUGCAGAAGACUGGGAAGAGCCAGGUUGGAAGAGGAUGUCUGGAACAUCCUGUGCAACGCCGAUAGCGGCUGGCAUUGCCGGUCUGAUAUUGGAGUUUGCUCGA